UCCGGAGAAACUCAAUUAUUACAACUAUAAAAGAGCUAGGACCUCCAAUGUGUAUACGUACCUAUAUACUUUGGAUUUCUAACUUCAUUUUAGCUGAAAGCUAUAUACAUACCAACAUGGCAGCCUCUCGUGCCCCAAAUCAUACUGAAGCUGAGAAAGCAAUUGGAGAACUAGUCCUAAGAUUACAGACAAACCUUUCAAAGUACACACAAAGCCCCAGUAUUAGAGUGAGUGAGAUUGUUAAGGCUGGCUCUAUGGGACAUGGGACGGCUGUGCCUGAACACUUCGACAUUGACCUGGUGCUCUACUCUAGCGAUGUGAACAGAGAUACAGUGAACAGAAACGGAUACGAAAGCUACUUAGAGAAAAUAAGGGCUUUCAUAACAGAUGGCAGAGUCUUCAGGGCAGGAAUCGUCACUAACAUCAAUCUGACUAGAUACGCUGUUCAGUUUCAAUAUGAGGGCUACAUCGAUGUGGACCUCCUAGUCAGCCCUGUCUGGUGGGGGGGACAACCCAAACAUCCACGAGAGCUCUUUGAAUUCCUACGAGAUAGGGUGCCUAACGAUGCUGAAGCCAGGCAUAAGUUCAGUGUGAAUGCAUCCAAGUGGCAAGUUGCUUUCAUGAAGGAGCAAGAUUCAUCUGUGAAGCAGCUAAUCAUACGAGCUAAAGCAUGGAGGAACCAGCUAUGGCAAAAGAGCAAGGGAGGCCGAGGUCGACCAAGUUCCUACUUGCUCACUCUGCUGGUACUUCACGCAUACAAGACUUCCUCUGGUACUGCCAAAAGCACAACACAAAAACUGAAGGAAAUUGUCCGCAACCACAGGACAAUGAACAUUUACUGGGAGAACUACUACAACGCUAGAGACUACCCCACCCUCUUUCCUUCGUCCACUCCACGCCUGGUCGACCCGGCCAAUCCAGCUAACAAUGUCUACCAGUCUGGCAUUGGGCCGUACCCACCCAAGAAAAGGCCAUGUGACUACGAGCGUGGGGAUGGGGACUGGAGCCAGUUUGUGGACAAAGUGAAACACUUUGACCUUGAGAAGAGUGUGGAGGAGAUCACACGUUAAGACCGUUCAAGAGAGCUGACUAACUUUAGUACUUACAUACACAGGACUAUAGUAGCCUCGAUUCCAGGCCGAUUAAAAUACGGCCUGGUACCUAUUGCAGGGGUGAUAGUGCGCAUGCGUUAGUUUAUUCACCAAAAUCUGGGGAAUCCCCUUUUCUUCCCUCAUCUAUUUUCUAUCUUUGUAAACAUCAGGUUAGCUCUCUAUUGCGUUGUUCCAGAAGGCUUUCACACUAGUCUGAAGCCAGGAGAGGCUCUCAUCUACCUCUAUGACGGUUGUAUGGUCAGGAUGUCUUACCAUGGAUCUGUACAGGCUAUGGGAAGUGUAUGGUGCCUCAAACUGCUACUCGCGAAGACAACCCGGCUAUAGGACAGUCCUAGACGUAGAUGAGAGCAUCUUUUGUCUUAAAACUAGUGUUUAAGCCUUCUAGACCAACGCAAUAGACGGCAUAAGCCACAGCUUCACAGAACUCAGUCAUAGAGAUAAAGUAUUACGGAACAUAUUUUAGUAAACGGACUAAUUUCCGGUAUAAUUUACUAAGGUUUUACGUUCGUAGUACGAUUACCCAUAUUCUGGGUAAUUUGAAGCGCAUGCGCACUAUCACCCCUGCAGUAGGUACCAGGCCGUAUUUUAAUCGGCCUUGAAUCGAGGCUAGGACUAUAGUAGCACAUUGUUAACUUAUAGAGUUUCCAUGCAUGCAUGUGUGACCAAAAAUAACAAAAAGUAUUUUGCAACAAA